AAUAUUGCCCGAUCUUUUUUAAUAGCAGAUAUUCACGACGGCUUUUCCUGUAUCAGUACUACUCGAUGGUAGCUCGUUUCUUUCAAGCGGCUUCAUCCGCCUAUUAGUAUUCAGUAGAGUACCUUAAAAGAAUCACUAUUUAAGACUUAAAAACAUGAGAAGAGUCCAACUUAAAAGACUAGUUCGGUGGGUGCAAAUUAAGAGUUAAGCAACAUAGUAGUGCUAUAUGUACAAUUGGAUGAAAUUUAAAAUCCAAACCUUGAAGACACUAAGAUGGGAUUUACUGCUAGAGAUGAAAUUGAAGGCAAGUUCAAAUUCAGCUCUGAUAGGAUGCAAGAGCUUAAAGCAUUUGAUGAAACAAAAGCUGGUGUUAAAGGACUUGUUGAUCAAGGUAUUGUUAAAAUCCCAACCUUAUUUCAUCAUCCACCUAAUAAGUUUUCAAACUCCACAAAUUCAACCAACACACAACACAUUAUUCCUGUUAUAGACUUUACAAAUAUUGGUAAAGAUCCAAAUACAAGGCAAGAAAUUAUAAGCAAAAUAAAAGAAGCAUCUGAAACAUGGGGUUUCUUUCAAGUGGUUAAUCAUGGCAUUCCUUUAAAAGUUCUUGAGGAUAUGAAAGAGGGUGUCCUUAGAUUCUUUGAACAAGAUACUGAAGUGAAAAAAGAGAUGUAUACUAGAGAUCAAACAAGGCCAUUGAUUUAUAAUAGCAAUUUUGAUUUGUAUAAUUCACCAGCACUUAAUUGGAGGGAUACUUUUAUAUGUGACCUUGUUCCUAAUGCUCCCAAACCAGAAGAUUUUCCAGUGGUAUGCAGGGAUAUACUUAUGGAAUAUGGAUCACAUGCAAUGAAACUUGGAGCAAUACUCUUUGAAUUACUAUCAGAAGCUCUUGGAUUGCAUCCAAACCAUAUAAAGGAAAUGGAUUGUUCUCAGGGGAAUAAGUUACUUGGCCAUUACUAUCCUGCUUGUCCUGAACCAGAAUUAACUAUGGGACUCACCAAACAUUCUGAUGCUAAUUUUCUCACGGUGCUUCUCCAAGACCAUAUUGGUGGCCUUCAAGUUCUUCACCAGAACAAAUGGAUUGAUGUACCUCCAGUACCUGAGGCUCUUGUAGUCAAUAUUGGUGAUCUUAUGCAGCUUAUAACAAAUGACAAAUUCAAGAGUGUUGAGCACAGAGUACUGGCAAAUGGGAUUGGUCCAAGAAUAUCUGUUGCAUGCUUUUUCAAUGCAGGUCUGAAAGCACAAGAAAAGCUUUAUGGAUCUAUAAAAGAAUUGUUAUCAGAAGACAACCCUCCAAGAUACAGAGAAACCACUUUUACUGACUAUGUAGCCUACUUCAGUGAAAGAGGGCUUGAUGGAACUUCUGCUCUUCCACAUUACAAGCUUUGAGUUGGAUAAUAUGGAUUGAGAUGGUUUAUAAG